UACGGGAUCCCGUUCUACCUGCAGUACCUUGCUCACUGGCCUGAGUACUUCAUCGUGGCUGAGGCUCCGGGCGGCGAGCUGAUGGGCUACAUUAUGGGGAAGGCUGAAGGAUCGGUGGCCCGGGAGGAGUGGCACGGCCACGUCACGGCUCUGUCCGUGGCGCCGGACUUCAGGAGGCUCGGCCUUGCUGCCAAACUCAUGGAGAUGCUGGAAGAAAUCUCUGAGAGGAAAGGUGGUUUCUUCGUGGAUCUGUUCGUGCGUGUGUCCAACCAGGUGGCGGUCAACAUGUACAAGCGUCUGGGCUACAGCGUCUACCGGACCGUCAUCGAGUACUACUCGGCCAGCAACGGCGAGCCCGACGAGGACGCCUACG